AUGUCUCUCCAAACUCCCCGCAUUCUCCCCUCCCACCUUAACGCCUUUCACCCUUCCAGCGCUGGGCGGCGUUCAACUCACACCAUCCGUAUUCUCGGCACAGUGAGCUCGCUCCGCGGCGACACCGCGACCAUCACAUGCGGUAACAACGGCGAUGUCACUCUCAUCCUGAAGCCCGAUUCGCACCUGCAGAUGGGGAAGAUGAUUGAGGUUGUGGGCAAGGUUGCUGAUUUAGAGGGCGGACAGGGUCUUGGUGUUCGCGUUUUGGGAACAACGGACUGGGGUAACCCUGCCGAUUCUGACUACCGAACCUAUGAGCAGGUUGUUGAAGCUACCCACCGCUUCAAGUCGAUCUUCUACGAUGGCGAGUGA